AUGGAUUCCUUUGAGGCGGCCUUGGCUGCGGCGCAGGCGCUUUUAGAGUCAGGUCACAAGGCACCAGCAGCUGCAUAUCCCGCACAGCCGGAGCCUCUCUUGAGAACGCGGCCAGGUGCAAGUCGGCGUGAGACGGAAGAUGCGUCGACUUUGGCUGCAGCAUCGCCGCUGCCCGCGAUAUCAGACCAGGAGAGCCGGAUUGCGGGGCUGGAUGUGGCUCGCCCGGCUUUGGACGUGAGACUGGCCAAGCAACUGGAUCUGGAGAACCUACCCUCGGCGACCCGCGCCGCCUUGGUACAACAGCUUCGGCCUCUGCAGGAUCUUGGCCUGCUGCGGCUCCCACCACGCCAGGAGACAACCGAUACAUUGUCAGAGGUCAGCGAGACCGACAAAAGCCUGCCCGUCGCCUGGCGCACCACCGCGUGGGCCAAGUCCCCGCGCCCUGUGUCCCCAAUUGCCGCCACUACUCGUCUGAACCGCAGCGUGCGUGCCUCACGGCGCGUGGCGGGGGCACACGUUCGGCUUCCGCAGCUCUCCCCCGUGAGCGUCGGUCGUGUUGGCUAUCCAGUUUUGUACCAGCUACAGAAUCUGAUUGUGUUGGACAUCUUAGGGAAAGCGAGCGAAUGCUGGCUCUCCGAGCCGCAUGCGACAAGCAAACCGAGCUCAUUGAUCACGUCCGUCGCCGCUCUCAAAGCAACGUACGCCCGUGAGCGUCGGCUCAAUCAACGACGGCACGAGCUGCAACGGCAGCAUUGCGUCCCCUUGAGCGUGUAUCAAUGGCUGGAAGACUGCUUGUCAGACGAGACCAUGGCACUGCAACAAGCAGAGAAGGAGAUUGAGCUCUUGCGAAUCGAAGUCUCGCAGUUGCAGGCCCGCCACAAGCGGCACCACCGACAUUUUGUCAACCUGCCCACGGUGGUGGCCGAGGACCAUUCGACGGGCGAAGAUGGCACGGACACCCGGCAAAUCUCGCGGUCCCACUCUCCCACCACUACCGCCAACAGCCGACCCCAAUCCUCCGGCAGCCACGCAACCAUGGGCUCCAACUUGCCCCCCCUCUCCCCCGGUACCACCACCACCACCGCCGCCGCCGCUACCAGCAACCAGAUCAACCCAGCCCACCUCCUCCGCCCCUAA